GGGUGUUCCAGAUGAUGAUAAAAACCGAGUGUCACUUCAUCAACGGCACCGAGCGGGUGAGGCUUCUGGGGAGGUUCAUCUACAACCGACAGCAGGACGCGCACUUCGACAGCGAUGUGGGGGUCUUUGUGGGGGACACCCCGUAUGGGGAGAUCCAGGCCAGGCAGUGGAACAGCGACCAGGAAUAUCUGGAGGACUCACGGUCCUCGGUGGACACGUUCUGCCGGUACAACUACGAGAUGUUCACCCCGUUCACUGUGAACCGCAGAGUGCCCCCCA